AUGCUGCUGACGCGCUUUGCUCUGCGGCCUCGCAGCACUCGUCCGGCUCUCUAUAGCUGCAUUGGUCAUCAUCUUACUACUGCGGCGUCAGGUAGUGAUGAUGCCAGCGCUGCGAGUGGUUCACGAUUGGGGAACUCGUCGUCCGGUACCAAGUUGGUCAAGCGGAAGGUGGCGAUCGUUGGCGGCUACAACGGUACGGGCUACCAUGGACUGCAGCUAAACAACGAUGUGCAGACAAUUGAGGACGAAAUUCGACAUGCAAUUUUCAAGGCUGGAGCCAUGCGCGAGUCGAAUUUUGAAGACUUGGGAAAGAUUGACUGGACUCGAAGCAGCCGCACGGACAAGGGCGUGCACGCGGGCUGCAUUGUCUUUUCUGGAAAGCUGUUGAUUGAUGAGGAGAACAAGGUGGACCAGGCAUCAGGUCGUGUGAAGGGCCUCACGGAGGCACUGAACGCGUCUCUACCGGAGAAUAUUCGCGUGUUCUCGUGUACACGAGUGAACAAGCGCUUCUCUGCGCGCAAGAACUGUGUACUACGUGAGUACGAGUACUUUAUGCCGCUUUCGUUCUUGCGAGACAGCACCCUUGAAUCACAUGGAGCAGAGUUUGAUCAAGACGAGGCUGUUGCUGAAUUCUGCCGUGCGCUGCGUCGAUAUGUGGGGGUUAAUGAUUUCCACAAUUUCACGCGUUCACGGUCGCACUUUUACAAGUUGCAGGCGAAAAGAGAUCGGUGGAAAGCGCAAUCUCAAGGAGAAACAGCUGAUACGGAGACGGGUGACGACGAAAACAAUACUGACGGCGGCGACGCAAUCGGUGAACGUAGACAUGUGGAUAGUACUGUUGAGGAAGAGGAGAACUUGGCUGUCGAUGAUGGUGCGGACGAGCUGCACCAGGUCGAACAUGAUGAGGGCUUGACCCGUAAGCUGCUGCUUCGUCACCGCCGAUCCGUUUACUCGUGCUCGGGCAGCCUCGUUCAAGAUUUCUGCGGUGAACCUUAUUUGCGGAUACAUAUAGUCGGACAAGCAUUUUUGCUGAACCAGAUUCGCUGCAUGGUCGGCGGCGCUCUGGCAGUCGCGACGAAGGGCAUGUCUCGUGUUGCAUUCGAUGCCGCUUUGUUGACACCCCGUAUCGUCCGCGUUCCGAUCGCUCCAGCCGAGGGACUUGUACUUCUUAGCAGCUCUUUUGGUGGCAAACUUCACACUGUCUCGCUGCACGUGGACCCGAACACUGCUCUCGCAAAAGAGCGCAGGGACCUGACGCAUCGAAUACUUUUGAACCGCCAGGAGGACGAGGAAAUGACACGAUUUCGUGAGGAGGUUAUCUACAAGGAGGUUUCUAGCAAUUGGGGUACGGAAGUUCAGUCGGACCGAUGGCGCGCAUACCUCGAGCGCUGCUAUGAGUCCAAUAAAGACCUCGAUGAAGACGAGCUGUCGGACAUGCUGUACGAAUUGGACCAAGCCAAACUUCGGAGCGAGAACAAGAGUCAGUGUUUUGUUGAGCAGAACCGCAAUGAAUUUACAGAGAACGGACGUCAGGGUGCGUCGUUGCCGAAGCAGUUCACCACGAAGCUUUGCGUUCGGUACAGUGUGGCCCCUGGCAUCUUCACGUCGGACUUGCGUCGCGCAGUUACGAGGCAUCUCAAGACAGGCAAGAUUCCGUUUGAUAUGGAUGAAGAGCAGCUCAUGGCGUACAUUGACCGCUUUGGUCCGAAAAGACUUGCCACAGAGGGACGCAAGCUCCGAUUGAGUCUGUGUGCACAAUCAUAG